UUAUCGCAGUUAUCUUCCGAGUUCACAGCUACAAAGCUUCAUUCGCAAACAACACACCAAAAUAAGACGAACCACAGUGCAGAAACGUACGAAAUGAAGAAUUUACUCGUGUUCAUAGGUGUUUUAAUUGUGUGCGUCAAUGCCCAAUUCGACUAUGGAACCAUUGAAGACUCCCCCGCAGAUAAAAUAAAGGAUCAUCCUGACAAAUGUUACGUGGAGAAUAUUGGAUUGAUUGACAAAGGAUCGGAAGUUAAAGUUAGCGGAAAAUGCGAAAGUAUACAGUGCUUGGACGGUGGGAAAUACCGUGUGAAAAAAUGCAACCUAGUGAUAGUUGAAUGGCCAUGUUAUUCUGUUUAUCCAGACAAACCUUUUCCCGACUGCUGCAAUUUCACAGUGGAAUGCAUUGAACAGCCUACGCCUGUUCCUCCUAGGAGAAAUUAGUGCAUAUUCCUCUUUUUUUUCGAAAUAUCUCAUUCGGUUCUUGGUUAUGAAAAACUUGUUCUAUAAUCCUACUUUGUAUCAUGAGGUCUUUUGAAUCAUUUGUCAAAGCAAGGGUUCUUAGUUGUUUCAAAUAGUGAACCCUUUCAUCAAAAAUUGAUACUCGACAUUAGUGCACCGAUUCAAUACAACUUUUCACUUUUUACACAUUUUUUUUGAGUCAAAAAAGUGCUUCUUCCUUUAGAUUGACUACAGAUUGAAAGUAAAAAACACUCACAUUGACGUUCAAAUCUUGCCUUUUAGCUCUUUGUCCCUCGAUGGCUAAAGUUGGGAACGACUUCCGGGAGAUCCCUUAGCAGCCCAGCCC